CAAUUUCGGAGCUAGACGCAUUGUCGAAUAAAGCCUUAUCUUGUUUUUGUCUACUAACUGCGUGUCAAGUUCAAAGUCUGUCCAUCUAGGAAGCAGGUGAAUAUGAAUGUGUGGAUUCUGUUGGGGUGGAUAUUGGGAUUGACUUGGGGGAUUGGCGGGUCGAGGUCCACUUGGAAUACGUUUGCUUUUGUGGGAGAAGUGCCCAGAUCCACGUGGAUUCAAUUCGAUUGGAACAAACUCACCACAGUCACAGUGGUGGGUGACUGGAACUAUACAGAAAUCACCGACUACGCUCAUGCCCAUCAAACCCGAUUGGUGAAGAUCGGUAAUAUCGCCACAGACAAGCUCAACGAUGAGGAAUACAUCCGACAAUGGGUCCAAUACCAACUGACCACGGUCCAAAGCUUAAAUAUGGAUGGGAUUAAUGUCGACUUUGAGGACGAAUUGGCUACGGACAGCCCCGAAAGUCACGGUCUGGUAUUUCUGAUGACUGAGUUGAACCGGGUGUUUCACGAAGCUCGUCCAGACUACGAAGUCAGCAUUGACGUGGCUUGGUCCGCCGAUUGUAUCGACAAACGAUGUUACGAUUACAAGGCUUUGGCCGAUCAGGCGGAUCUGGUCUUUGUUAUGGCGUACGACAUUCAAAGCCAGAUUUGGGGCAAUCCUCGAUGCCAAGCCAAAGCUAAUUCGCCCAUCAACCAAACGCAAAUGGGCUUGGACACGUACACUGACUUGGGGAUCCCCCGCGACAAACUCGUGCUCGGUCUCCCAUGGUACGGAUACUUGUACCCGUGCCAAGUCUUAUUAACGAGCACAUGUGUGAUUGAUUCCGUGCCCUUUCGGGAUUGCCCGUGUUCGGAUGCGGCCGGCCGACAAUGGACUUACAAAGACAUGAUGAGCAUUGCCGACAAUCACACGGCCACAUUCCAAUGGGAUAGCUGGUCUCAAACACCCUUCUUCAACUACUACGACCAUGGCACGUGGUAUCAAGCAUGGUUCGAUCAUCCCGAUAGUUUGUCUCUGAAAUACAAUCUGGCCACUCAAAUGGGUUUGGGCGGGGUGGGGAUGUGGUCGGCCGAUUUCUUGGAUUACGACAAUCCCAUCCAAGUGCAGACUUGGUGGUCGGCUUUGCCCUAGUUUCGUUCAUGAUGAAUUGAUGUAUGAUCAAACCGCUGCUGGAGAUGCCAGAUACUCUACAUAAUCAUUUAUUAAAGAUGACUGUCACGGCG